CUGACGAGUUUCAAUUCGCUAGUUUCGUCACUGAGACACUCACUAUCUUUGUUUAGGGCGUAUCUAGUAGGGUUUUGAAGGGAUUUGAUUCAUAGUAACAAUGGCAAUGGCAGCACAAGCCAUGCGUUUUUCUCCUCUCUCCGGUCACUACCGUUAUUACCAUAAUGCCCCUUCUUUCCCUUGGCGGCCUCCUCGCAUUCUCUCCAUCAAGCCCAACCAAAGAUUGCACCUUUCCUUCUCUGCAGGCCACGGCGGAGGAGGAGGCGGCGGCUGCGGCCGCGGCGGAGGAGGAGACUCUGAUGGGGACUUGAAUAACGGUGAUGGUGAUGGUGAUGGAUUUGGGGUUCUGGGUAUGGUUGUAAAUGGAUGGAGAUCAAGGGUUGCAGCUGAUCCACAAUUUCCUUUCAAGGUUUUGAUGGAGGAGUUGGUGGGUGUGAGUGCAUGUGUUCUUGGUGACAUGGCUACUCGUCCCAAUUUCGGUUUGAAUGAGCUUGACUUUGUUUUUUCAACUCUUGUUGUUGGUUCUAUUCUCAAUUUCACACUCAUGUAUCUCUUGGCACCAACCUUGUCCUCUUCUUCAUCAAAUCUGCCAGCAAUGUUUGCUACUUGCCCCAACAGUCACAUGUUUGAACCGGGUCCUUAUGGCAUUAUGGACCGCUUUGGAACUCUUGUCUACAAGGGAGCUGUGUUUGCUCUUGUUGGCUUUGCUGUUGGCCUUGUUGGAACUGCCAUUUCCAAUGGUUUGAUUAUGAUGAGGAAGAAGAUGGAUCCUAAUUUUGAGACACCCAACAAGCCUCCUCCUACUCUUUUGAAUGCUCUUACUUGGGCUGCUCAUAUGGGUUUUAGUAGCAAUCUCAGAUACCAAACUCUGAAUGGUGUUGAGUUCAUGUUGGAGAAAGGUCUUCCUCCCUUGGCAUUCAAGUCCUCUGUGUUGGUUCUUAGACUCUUGAACAAUGUUCUUGGAGGGAUGACCUUUGUCAUAUUGGCAAGGUUUACAGGGUCACAGAAUGUUGGCCAACCCAAGCCGGUCACUGUGGAAGACAGCAAAGAGGAUUUUUACAAGUGAUGGCAUCAUUGACAUUCAAUUCAAUUCAAUUCAAUUCAAUUUGGUUUGUUGUAGAGUAUAGGAGAGACUGUCUUUUCUUAGUUUUCUCUAGCUUUGCUUUUGCUACUGUUCAUAACUUGAAUGCUC